AUGGACGACUUGCUCGAAGACUCUUUCUACGAGGAUGACGCCGGUAGCUCCGACUUCGUCCCCGAUGAAGCCCCUAAAGCCAAAGCCAAGGCUAAGGCUUCAAAACCUGCCGCACCCAAGGCCAAGAAAUUAACACAGACCACACUAAAGGCCAAACCUGUCGCGAAAGCCACCAAGAAAAAGGCCAAGGCCGACUCAGAAGACGAACUAUCAGACAACAAUGAUAACUUUGAAGAUUCCGUGAUGUCGAGCACCCCGCCAAACGCAAAGCCCAAAAAAGCCCCUGCGAAGAAAGCCGGGGCAAAACCGCUCGCCGACGUCGCCAACGAGUCCUUUGGGCUUGAUGGUGCUGAUGACGUUGAAUCGACGAAACCUUCGAAGAGUACAGGUGCCGCUGAUAAGUAUCAAAAGUUGACUCAAUUGGAACACAUCCUCAAACGUCCAGAUACCUAUAUCGGAUCGAUCGAGAAGACGACGCAGCAAAUGUGGGUUUACGACACCAGUUCUGAUGCCAUGGAAUUCAGAGAGGUCACCUAUGUUCCUGGGUUGUAUAAAAUAUUCGAUGAGAUUGUUGUUAAUGCCGCAGAUAACAAACAAAACGAUAAGAAUAUGGACGAAAUCAAGAUCACUAUUGACCGAGAAUCGGGCGAGAUCAGCGUAUGGAACAAUGGUCGUGGUAUCCCCAUUGAGAUCCACCCCAAAGAAAAUAUCUACGUUCCCGAACUCAUUUUCGGUCAUUUAUUGACUUCCUCCAAUUACGACGACAACCAAAUGAAGGUUACUGGCGGCCGAAACGGAUUUGGUGCCAAGCUUUGUAACGUCUUUUCGAACGAAUUUACUAUCGAAACAUACGACUCCCGACAAAAGAAAAAGUAUAAACAGACAUGGACUGCAAACAUGAGCAAAAUGGGCAAAGCGAGAAUUACCGAUUGCAAAGGCGAUGAUUACACUAAGAUCACUUUUAAGCCUGACUAUGCAAAAUUUGGCAUGGAAGGCAUGGAUGAUGAUUUCGAGGCUCUCGUCAAGCGCCGUGUUUAUGACUUGGCUGGUACUAGCAAGGUCGCCCUCAAGCUGAACGGAAUCCGGGUGCCGAUUCGCAACUUCAAAAAGUACGUGGAAAUGUACACUAAGGCAAUUAAGAAGGAACGUGGUGAAGAAGCCGCAAACGACAAGAACGAGAUUGUCCUGGCUAAUCCCGAACCGCACUGGGAGAUCGGGUUUGCCGUAUCAGAUGGUUCUUUCCAACAAGUCUCCUUCGUCAACUCUAUCGCGACUACAUCUGGAGGCACCCAUGUCAAUUAUAUUGCUGAUCAAAUUUGCAACCGUCUGGCCGACGCGGUUAAGAAGAAGAAUAAGCAAGGGGCCACGCUUAAAGCCUCCCAAAUCCGCAACCACAUAUUCGUUUUCGUCAAUGCCUUGAUUGUUAACCCAGCCUUCACGUCUCAGACGAAGGAGCAGUUGACAACGAAAUCGAGCCAAUUUGGAAGCAAAUGUGUGCUGGACGAAGACUUUUACAAGAAAGUCUUGAAGACCGAGGUCAUGACGAAUAUUCUGCAUUUUGCCGAAAAGAAAGCCGAUCAGCUUUUGAAGAAAACGGAUGGCAGCCGACGAUCCCGCAUGAAUAAUCCGAAGCUCACUGAUGCAAACAAAGCUGGUACCAGGGAUGGUCAUCAUUGUACUCUUAUUCUUACUGAAGGUGACUCGGCCAAAGGCCUAGCUAUGGCAGGUCGUGCUGUUGUUGGCCCUGAUUUGUUUGGCGUCUUCCCGCUUCGAGGAAAGCUCCUUAACGUUCGCGACGCAUCGAUCGAUCAAAUUUCGAAGAAUGCGGAAAUUCAGAAUAUUAAGAACUUCCUUGGUCUACAGCAUAAAAAGGAGUAUAGUGACACUCGUGGUCUACGAUAUGGGCAUCUUAUGAUCAUGACCGAUCAGGAUCACGACGGAAGUCAUAUUAAGGGUUUGCUUAUUAACUUUCUUCAAGUUCAGUUUCCCAGCUUGUUGAAGAUCCCUGAGUUCCUGAUCGAAUUUAUCACUCCUAUCGUAAAGGUGUGGAAGGGCGAUCCCAAGAACCCGACUAAGUCAAGGUCCUUUUUCACCAUGCCGGAAUAUGAACAGUGGAGGCAAGAACAUGAAAAUGAUCGCGGUUGGCAGCACAAAUACUACAAGGGUCUGGGUACUAGCACUACAGAAGACGCCCAGAUUUAUUUCCGAGAUCUCGACCGCCAUUUGAAAGAAUUCCAUACCAUGCAAGACGACGAGGCGAAGCUCAUUGACCUCGCAUUCUCCAAGAAGAAAGCCGAUGAGCGUAAGGAAUGGCUUCGUCAAUUCAAGCCUGGCACCUUCCUUGACCAUUCGACUAAAAAGAUCACAUACACUGAUUUCAUCAAUAAAGAACUGAUUCUUUUCAGUAUGGCUGAUAAUCAGCGGUCGAUCCCCUCAGUUGUCGACGGUCUCAAGCCAGGUCAACGCAAAGUUCUUUAUACUUGCUUCAAACGUAAUCUCAAGAAAGACAUGAAGGUUGUUGAGUUAGCAGGUCAUGUCUCCGGUAUGACGGCAUAUCAACAUGGUGAAACCUCCUUACAACAGACCAUUAUUGGUCUCGCUCAGAGUUUUGUCGGCUCCAAUAAUAUCAAUUGCUUAGAACCAAGCGGUAACUUUGGUAGUCGUCUCAUGGGUGGCUCCGACUCUGCCAGUGCUCGUUAUAUUUACACUCGGCUGUCACCAUUCGCUCGACGGGUAUUCAACCAAGCUGACGAGCCUCUUCUCACGUACAAUGAAGACGACGGAGAAAAGAUAGAGCCUGAGCUCUAUAUGCCUGUUGUCCCCAUGAUCUUGAUUAAUGGUGCUGAUGGUAUUGGUACUGGAUGGAGUUCAUCUAUUCCUAACUACAAUCCUGAAGAUAUUGUUGAAAACUUGAAGCGGAUGAUGGAUGGACAAGAGCCUGAACCUAUGCAUCCUUGGUUCCGUGGUUUUGCUGGUGAGGUUAGUCCUCUGGGCGCCGACCGGUACAAGUUUAGUGGUAUUAUUAAGGAAACUGGUGAGAAGGAGGUGGAAAUCACCGAACUUCCAAUCCGCACAUGGACUCAGGAUUUCAAAGACAGACUGGAGGAUAUCAUCAAGGCUGAGAAGACGCCAUCCUUCAUCAAAGACUACAAGGAUUACAAUACGCAUACCAAGGUCCAUUUUGUAAUCCAGAUGGACGAGAAACAUAUGAAAUCUGCAAUAUCCGAGGGAUUGGAAGAAAAGUUCAAGCUGUCUAAAACUCUUGCAACCACCAACUUGGUUGCAUUUGAUGCCGAAGGUCGAAUCACGAAAUAUGCCACCGUCAUGGAUAUUUUGAAAGAGUUCUUUACUAUUCGUCUCAAGUUCUAUGAGAGACGUAAGCAGCACCAGCUGUCGGAACUUCAGAAGGAGUUGGAUAGGUUCACCAACCAGGCGCGCUUUGUGCAAAUGAUCAUUGAUGGCAAACUUGUAAUUUCCAAAAAGAAAAAGUCUGUCCUCAUCACUGAGUUGAAAGAAAAAGGAUUCAAGGCUUUCCCCAAGGUUGCGCAAGCCGUCAAAGCUGGCGAGACGGCAGAGGUAGUUGAAGAGGAUGGCUCUGAGGAGGCCGAAGCUGAGAUCGAUUCCAGCGCUUAUGAUUAUUUGCUUGGGAUGCCGAUCUGGUCUUUAACCCAAGAGCGCGUCGAGAAACUUCUCCGUCAAAUUGGAGACAAGGAGAUGGAGAUUGACGACCUCAUCAAGCUCACCAAGGAGGAAAUUUGGCGCCGGGACCUUGAUGAAUUCAUCAACGAGUGGCGCUUCCAGCUUGAGGAUGAAAAGCGUCGCGAGCGUAAAGUUGCGGGUAUGGGUCGUCGUGUAUCUGCGAAGCUUCCAACUUCUAAAGCCCAAACAAAGAAGCGUAAGGCUGAUGAUGACGAUGAUUAUGGAGCUCCGAAAAGCAAGAAAUCCGCAGCGGCCAAGAAAUCUGAACCGAAGGGAGGCUUGAUGAGCUUUCUUAGCAAACCGGCACCCAAACCAACCAAGACAGCCCAACUAGACGGAAUAGAUGAUGAUGACGAUGACGAUAUGGAUUUAGAAGACGACUUCGUUGCAGAGGUACUUCCGAAAAAGAGCCGUGCAGCUCCAAAAGCAGCAGCGAAAAAGUCAUCUGAAGAAGCUGAGGAAAUCAAAGAUGAGGAUUUAGUCGAAGUACCUGCUACGAAGACAGCUCCUCAGGCAGCGUCCAAGACAGCUGCGAAGGUUGCCACUAAACCCGAGACUGAAGCUCGUGCCGCUAGUAAAAAACCCGCCAAGUACGCCGAGUCGAGUGAUUCAGAAGAUAGUUUUGGAGACGACUUCCUGGACGUUAGUAAGAUGGUAAAGGGCAUUGGAGACUCUGCUGGGAAAUCUCUCAUUUCCGAAUUCUCUAGGCCUGGCACUAGUGCGGGCCUGAAACCCUCCGAGAAGGCUUCAAAGAUCAAUACCGAGUUCGAUCCGGAUGAGACAGAUUACAGCAAACUCGUUCCACAGCAGUCACCACGUCGCUCUCUUUUGGUCAAACAGAAAGAGAAGGCAGUUGAAGAUGAUGACAAUGAUGACGGUGAAGACGAGCCUUUGAAACCCCCGGUUAAACCAAAGCCUGCAGCUAAGGCCAAAUCUGCCGCUGCCAGCACUUCUAAGACUACUGCCGCAAAGUCUCGUGGACGCCCUAAGAAAGACGAUGCUGCUCCAGCUGCAGCUGCGAAGAAGACGAAGGUUGUUAGCACCAAAGCCAAGCCAAAGAAGAGGGCCACGGAUGAUUCGGAUGAUGACAUUGAUGCUAUGGCAAAUGACAUCCUCGAUUCUCCGACUGGGGCUAAAUCGGAGGAUGAUGAGGCUCCAAAGGCUCGUCCUUCUCGUCGAGCCGCCUCAACAAAGAAAAAUACAUACAUCAUUGACGAUGACGAUAGCGAGAUGGAUAAUUCAGCUGGCGAUGACUUUGGGGACGACUUUGACGAUUCCGAGUAA